AUGGGAGUUUUCGUGGUAUAUGUCUUAGAACAAAAUGUAACAAGUAACACAAAUGUUCCUGACGGUCAUCCUAUGAUGUCACAAUCUGACAUACUACGUCACUUCCACCAAUCAAAUGACACCCAGAGCAUUACCAAUAACACCUCCCACAGUUCCAUUAUGAGAGAACAAACUAACAAAUCAACUGGUCAAUUUCUGGCAUCGUCCCUAGAGAUGUCAGUUAGUGAAAGGCAGGCGGUUCGAACUGACAACACCGAAGUUAAAUCUGAUCCCAAGAGUGCUGUUAAACCUAUUGUUCGACCUUGGCUAAUCGAACCAUCUACGAAGAAGAGUAAUCAGAAGCAAAAUAAUCCAAUCGUCUCCCAGAGUCAAAAUGUGCCCAACGUUGUCCAGCCGACACAUCCUGUUGUACCGUUACCUUUAUCACCACGAUACUGUUCAGAUCAGCUUACCCUCAAUCAAAUUGAUGCUAUCAGACUUUUACGAGAUCAAGCAGUUCUAUAUUCCGAUCCUAAAACAUCUUACUACCACGAUCCUAGCUUCAGGAACAAUCUGAAUUCUUGGUUUUAUUUUCUACGGAAUGGAAGUUGUGAAGGUCGGGUUACCACUGAUCAAUGGCCUAAUACAGCCAUUUCACCUAGCCAUCAUUCUAUGUCGAUCAAUGGACAAUCACCGCCGCGGUUUCAAUGUGAUGCCUGUCAGAAAAGUUACUCAACAUUUGGUGGACUGUCAAAACACAAACAAUUCCAUUGUGCACAACAAAUAAAAAAGGAUUUUCGCUGUAAAUAUUGUGAUAAAUCUUAUUCUUCUCUAGGAGCUCUGAAGAUGCACAUUAGAACUCAUACUCUACCAUGUAAAUGUAAACUUUGUGGUAAGGCGUUUUCACGUCCUUGGUUGUUACAGGGGCAUAUUAGAACACAUACUGGAGAGAAACCAUUCAGCUGUCAACAUUGUGGUCGAGCAUUCGCUGAUAGGUCGAAUCUGAGAGCUCAUCUUCAAACUCAUGCCGAAAUCAAGAAAUACGGAUGUAAAAAUUGUUCCAAAACAUUCUCGAGAAUGUCUUUACUGGUGAAACAUGGUGAAAGUAGCUGUAUGGGUAUUGUUCGGUAA